AUGGCUAAGAACACUAUAGGUUCGAUCCUGGACCAAAACAAAAUCACGGACACUAAUUACCUGGAUUACAUCUGUAAUCUAAAACGUGUGCUCACUAUUGAAAAACGCGUCUAUGUUUUCAACGAAAUACCUCCCGACGCUCUUCCUGCGAACGCGACUGCUAUCGAGACUACCAUGUUUGAGAUGUGGAACAAGGAUUACCACCAUGGGUGCUACAUGCUAGCAUCCAUAGUAUUGGAGCUCGCGAGGAAGUAUGCAUCUCACCUUCGUGCUUUUAACAUCAAGGCUCAUCUUGAAACUAUGUACAGUGGGGAUACUAGAGCGUUGAUGUUCGGAACUACUAAGAGUUAA